CCCUAGCACAACUCGGCGACCCGUUAUCGAUAACUCCACGAAAAUUUGGUCGAGCGUGUGUGCGCUGCUCUGUUCGUGUACACUUUAUUUUCAAUUGGUGAAAAUUGUUACAAAACUAGCGAGAAAAUAUGUGAAAAUAAGAAAAAAGUGAAUUUCCGCACUCGAACCGGACGUGCACAAUAGAAUUGGCGACGCCCCACACACAGAAAGUGUCUAAAAUCGCAAAAAUAACAAAGGCGUUAACGACGGACGAAGGCAAAAUAGACGCUCCGCCGCUCGUUCCCAUACAGUUGUGUAUAUUCAGCGUUGCAACUAAUUAAUAAAAAGCAAGUAAAUACAAGUAAAAUACGGCCAACGCGGUGCCAACGGACAAAAGCGAGAAAAAGUACAGUGAAAAAUUUUCGAUUGUCGGCGCACGACGAAGACGAGCAGGCAGCAGCAGCAUAAGAAGAAGCAGCAGCAAAAAAGAAACAAACGAGAAGCAGAAGAGAAACGGCGAUUUUGCAUUCGUGUGAGCGCGUGUGAGUGUGUGCGUGAGGGUGGAAUAUAAACAAAAAAUUAACAAUACAAAAAUCAAGAACAAUUGCUCGACUCGGCGAAAAGUAAAAUGUCACAUUUGCCUUUGGAUGCACGGGCUAUUCUGCAGUAUCUAAAUGAUUUGGGCUAUAGGAAUAUUUCAGCCGAGCAACUCCGUGAAUUUCUGAAAGACCUGCGCAAGCUCAUCAAGCAUGAGGAGCGUCUGGCGGAGAACGCAAAGGCGAACCAUUCCAGCAGCAACAGCUUGCAUAAACGCGGCACCGUCAGCUCGCGUGCCAAAUUAACUGGCGACAAGGAUAAGGAGAAUGCGGCCCCUACAUCAUCAUCGUCGUGUGCCGAUUCCAGGUCGAAGGAGAAGGAGUCCAAGACUGAUCAGUCUAGCCAGCAGCAGCAACGUUCGAAUGGCGGCUCGCACUUUAACGAUUUAGCUCAGGCCUUUAAGGAGAAACUCCUGAUGGAAGCAUCCGUACCUCCAGCUGGUCUUAAGGAUUUGAAUCCAGUUAAUGCUGUGGCAAGUGGCAGGCGUCGCAGUCGCAGCAAGACCCGCCAGGGAAAGGAGCCGCCAUUGUCUAGCGGUGGGGAAUCGGAUCGGAAUGAAGAUUUUAAGAGGAUGCAACGUCGUCGGCGCAGUAAAUCGCAUCCACGCAGUGCCAGUCGCGGUUCCUACUUGGAUCGACGCCGCGGAAAGGCCAAGCACUGUGAUCCGGUUGCCCUAUUUCAGUAUUAUCAGAAAGAGUGGGCCCAUUUUCGCAGUCAGAUUCCCGGCGAGUCCUCGCACUCGAAUGCCCGCUUUGAAGUGCGCCGCAAGCUAAUGGAUCCCAAGUGAUGAGACAUCUUUCCGAUGAGCAGUUAUUAUCAAAACAUUCCCAUAACUCGGAUCAUUUUCAUUUACUUUUAUUUAUAAUUUUUGAUCCAUUUGAUUCAUUAUUACACAUAAAUACAUAAACUUUUCAAAAGCUUAAAAAGACAAAUAAAAUAAAGAUUUUAAAUGUAAGUUUAUAUUA